UUUUUCGGCAAAAUUAACCGGGGCACUCUCCCACAAAAAAAAGGGCCGCUUUUCCUUCCUGAGCCGUUUUCACGCUAGGAAAGCGGGCCGAUGAUUUUUUGAUAAGCAUGCGAGGCGAGAAGGCCAGUAUGCCAUUGUUUGGGCAUCGACAGUGAUGCCUGGACUACUUACGUCAACCGAAAGCGGCUUAUCGGCGGGUUUCGAACCAGUUAUUGUCUUUCGGGCGUAACUGUUCGGCGGUAUGAGGGGACGGGUGGUCCAAGUCAGAAUUGUGUGAGCUGCAUGGGAGUAUGAUAAGAAAGUUUUUUUCGUCUUUCAACCUCUUCAGCUAACUGUUGUGCAAGAGUAUAUAAAGAGGCUUGUCUGUACCAGUUGUACGUGGCAAUAGCUGUUUGUAGAGUUGUUUGGGAGUACUCUGCUUGUAAACAGAGCAAGCAGCAUAUUAGUCAUUGCAUAUACUCAUCACUAGAGCAACAUGUCAGAUAUUGAAGUGCCUUUGCCGCAAGGUGCAGGUUAUGCCAUCAUUGUCGGAUUGGGAAUGGUGUUUUCUGUCGGAAUGAUCUUGACGACCUUUGUCCUCCGACGCUACCAGAAGGAAGUCAUCACCUCCGAAGAGUUUUCCACCGCCGGAAGAUCUGUGAAAACCGGUUUGAUUGCCGCUGCGGUCGUUUCCUCUUGGACGUGGGCGGCUACUCUAUUACAGUCGUCCACGCAGGCCUAUAAAAACGGUAUUUCCGGACCUUACUUUUACGCUGCUGGUGCAUGCUGUCAGAUCAUUCUCUUUGCAUUCAUAGCCAUCAAGGCCAAGCAGAAGGCACCGGGUGCCCACACGUACUUGGAAAUCAUCAAGGCUAGAUAUGGGCCAAUUGCACACGCCGUCUUCAUCUUCUUCGCAUUUGCAACCAACGUGUUGGUCACCGCAAUGCUACUCACAGGUGGUUCGGCUGCCGUGACAGCAUUGACCGGUAUGAACACCGUUGCUGCAAUCUUCUUGUUCCCUGUCGGGGUUAUGAUCUAUACCUUGUUUGGUGGUAUCAAGGCUACUUUCUUGACAGACUAUAUCCACACGAUUGCAAUAAUCGUCAUCAUUUUAACGUUUGCCUUCACCACCUACGCCACGUCUCCCCUAUUGGGAUCUCCUGCAAAGGUGUGGGAGCUAAUUACUCAAGCCGGUAUCGAUCAUCCAGUUUCUGGUAAUGCUGAGGGCUCCUACUUGACGAUGCACUCCAGAUCCGGUGGUAUUUUCUUUGUCAUCAACAUUGUUGGUAAUUUCGGUACCGUCUUUCUCGAUAACGGUUAUUGGAACAAGGCAAUCGCCUCCUCUCCAGCUGCCGCUUUACCAGGCUACAUUGCCGGUGGUAUCGCGUGGUUUGCCAUCCCAUGGCUAACCGCUACAACGAUGGGUUUGGCUUGUCUUGCGCUUGAAAAUAGUCCAAGCUUCCCAACUUACCCACAUAGAUUGUCAGAUGAGCAAGUCUCUGCCGGACUAGUCCUACCAUCCGCAGCUGUUGCAUUGAUGGGUAAAGGUGGCGCCGUGGCAACUUUGUUUAUGGUUUUCAUGGCCGUCACGUCAGCAAUGUCAGCCGAAUUGAUCGCCAUUUCCUCAAUCUUCACAUAUGAUAUCUACAAAGGUUACGUCGAUCCAAAUGCUUCUGGUAAACGGUUGAUCUUUACUUCACAUUGCACCGUCGUUGCUUUCUCCUUAGCGAUGUCCGGUUUUGCAACAGGAUUGUACUACGCUGGUAUCUCGAUGGGUUAUCUUUAUGAGAUUAUGGGUAUCAUCAUCUCGGCUGCAGUCAUACCAGCAACAAUGACGUUGUUGUCUAAGCACCAAAACACAAUUUCUGUUAUUGUUUCUCCAGUUUUGGGUACAGCAGUUGCUAUCAUGUCAUGGUUAGUGUCUACCCACACAUUAUAUGGCGCCAUCACUGUCGACAACACCUUCAUGGAUAACCCAAUGUUGAUCGGUAAUGUUGUUGCAUUGUUGUCGCCAGCGGUUUUCAUUCCUAUUCUUACUUUGACCUUUGGGUCUCAGCAGUUUGACUUCGAAAUUUUAAAAUCAAUCAAAAGAGUGGAUGAUUCUGCCGAGGUCGAAGAAGAUUUGAAAGACAUCAUUCCAGAAGGUGUCAAUGCUGAAGAAGAAAGCGAAAACUCAAUGACCAAAGACGUCGAGAAAAUCAAUCCUGUUAAAUCAAACGUAACUGAAAUUGUGGAUCAUCUAGCACAUGAUUCCAAAGUACUGAGUGAGGCAAGGGCGGAGGAACAGCACCUUAAGAGGGCAUCCAAAAUUGCAGGUUGGUUAUGUUUAGCGAUGAGUUUCUCACUACUAGUGAUUUGGCCCAUGCCAAUGUACGGUAGAAGCUACAUCUUUUCCAAACAUUUUUUCACUGGUUGGGUUGUUGUUGGAAUCAUCUGGAUUUUCGUUACUGGUUUCAUUGUUAUCAUCUAUCCACUAUGGGAAGGAAGAGUAGGCAUAUUCACCUCAUUCCGAGGCAUUUAUUGGGAUAUGACUGGACAGGGUCAUAAGCUAAGAGAAUGGCAGACUGCACAUCCAGAGCAGCUACAUGCGGUAAGAAGUCAAAUCAGUGCUGAAAUUUCAAGAAAUGGCGGAGCUGAAGAUAUCGACGAGAUAUUGGGCUAAUUAACGUCGUGCCAAAAAAAAGUUUGUGAGCUCUUAUUCUGCUAUUUUUACCUUAAAUACUCUAUUUCUAC